CAUAGACAUGCCAUCCACCAUCAUAAUCAUUCAUCCUCAUCGUCUCCAAUUUGCGAUGGCCUUCUCCGCCUCUCUCUUUUAUCCCUCUCCCAAUCUCUCCUCUACCAAAAUGCCCCCGUAUCCCCUCCUUUUCCGCAGACCCCGUUCCGUCUCUCUCCCUGUCCGCUGCUCCUCCGCCGCUGCUUCCUCCUCCUUCGAUCUACGCACCUACUGGACCACCCUGAUCUCCCAGAUCGAAGAGGCGCUCGACGCCGCCGUUCCCGUCCGAUACCCGGAGAGCAUCCACAAGGCGAUUCGCCACGUCGUUCUCUCCCCCGGAGCCAAGCGCGCGCCGCCCAUCAUGUGCAUCGCGUCCUGCGAGCUCGUCGGCGGCCUCCGCUCUGCUGCUUUUCCUGCAGCCUGCGCACUCGAGAUGGUCCACGCCGCCUCCCUCGUCCAUGAUGACCUACCCUGCAUGGACUCCUCCCCGCUCCGACGCGGCCAGCCCUCCGCCCACGCUCUGUUCGGGGUCGACAUGGCUAUCCUCGCCGGCGAUGCACUGUUUCCCCUCGCCUACCAGCAUAUCGUUACCCAUACCCCCUCGCCCGACCCCGUCCCACUGUCCGUCAUCCCUCUCGUUCUCACGGAGAUCGCGCGCGCCGUCGGGUCCACCGGAAUGGCUGCUGGCCAAUUUCUCGACUUGUCAGGCGCCGCCGCUGGAAGUGAGAAGGAGAUUCUCCAGGUGCUGGAGAAGAAAUUCGGAGAGAUGGCCGAGUGCUCGGCGGUAUGCGGGGGGCUGCUGGGCGGCGCUAGCGACCAGGAGCUCGAAGCACUCCGGCGUUAUGGUCGAGCGGUUGGGGUUCUCUACCAGCUGGUGGACGACGUGCUGAUGGAGUCCAACGGCGGCACAGGGAAGAUGAGGAGCAACGCGAGCAUCGUCAAGGCGGUUGGAAUGGACCGCUCAUUAGAGUUGGUGGAAGAAGUUAGGGCGAAUGCCAAGAAGGAGCUGGAUAAGUUCAAGGACAAAUAUGGAGAGAAGGUGCUACCUUUAUAUAGUUUUGUGGAUUACGCCAUCGAGAGGGGCUUCGUGGUUGAAGGUAGAGGCCUCGAAGCCUCUUCAGCUGCAGGUGGUAGUGACGGAAGCAGUGAAACAUUUUCAAAGGGAGACUGAACUCUGCCCAUUUGUAGCAGCAUGAAGCUCCAUUCUUCUGAGCUGGAAGCAUUGUGGCACAUUAGAGUUGGUGGAAGAAAUUAGCCUGCAAAGGCCAAGGAGCUGGAGAAGUUCAAAGAUAAGUAUGGAAAGAAGGUACUGCCUUUAGAUAGUUCUUUGGAUUAUGCCGUCGAGAGGCACUUUGUGAUUGAAGGUAGAAGAGGUCUUGCGGCCUUUGCUGCUGCAGAUGGCAGUGAUGGAAGCAGCGAAACAUUUUCAAAGGGAGACUGAAUUCUAGCCAGUUGUAGCAGCACGAAAUUUCAUUCUUCUGUAAGUCCUUUCUACUUUUCUUUGUAAUAAGAAAUAUAUUAAAGGCACAUUAAUUUCAUCCUGCUCGAAACUCUUCAUGAUAACCUAUUGCUUGAACAUUGAAACAAUUCCCACUAUUCCACCAUUGUAACCUGUUGUUCUAGCUCUUUGUUGCAUCCAUGAUGGGUCCACUAUCCUCAAAGUUAAAAGAGAUGCUUUGGGUCUUCAAUUGUAUUUGUGUCCAUUUAGGAUCCGCUCCUUUGUUAAUCCACCAUGCCAUGCAGUUCUGAUGUCUUAAUCAGUCAGAAAACCUUGAGCUUUCCUGGAAAACUACUUGGAAGAUAGAGGUAAUGUAAUUUUCAUUUUGCCUUGGCAUAUUUUCGAUAAUAUGGAAUCCUAGUUGAUUUUCUAGUAAAGAUCAGUUUUAACGUAUACUAGUUGCUUUGGGCAUUUUCAUUAUUUAACUUCCGUCUUAGUUGAUCUAAAAUAAUCUGCUCUACAUUAUUUUGCUUACCAUGCUGUAGUACAAGCAUAGGCUUAGCUGUGCCUUGUUGAAUGUCUAAGUUAUUACCAAGUAUUAGGCGCUUGAUUGUUGUAACUUUACAUUUUGGCCAAGUGUUUAUUUCAUUAAUGGUAAGGGAAUACUUGCAUGCAUCUGGAAACAAUAGGCAUCUUCCCAAUAAUAUAAUAAUAAUUUCCCAAAAUAGAAGAUAUCACCGUAAACGGUAAUGUAGCUUUAAAAAUCCUGCCAUUACAGAAAUGAAGUUGCUUCUGCUCGCGUCACUUUGAAAACAAACCAUCAUAGUGGCAUAUUUCAGUAAAUAAUGUCCAUCUUGACAAUGGUAUAAGAAAGCUCCAAAAGUAGAUGAUAGAUUAAACAAAGGGGCAAUCUAUCUAAACAAAAUUCACCAUCGUGCCUUUUUACUGUAAUGAGUUUCCUUCCAUGGCGAAUAUCAUUGACUACCUGCUCAGAAACGAGCAACCUUACCAUCUUGCGAAGCUAGUGGCGUUUUGAAGAUAAUGUUGGUGCGGUUAGCACUAACGAUCGAACUCAGGUUUUGAUGAAUGAUAAAUUAGGAUAAGUUAGGUUUGUCGUUAUUUAACACUCUGAUCGAGUGUACAGGCUAAGUCCAGACAGGUC